AUGACUGCCAGGUCCUCAGCGGUGAGCAGAGAGUCCGAGUCCACUCCCAAGGUCCUCAGUGGUAGCAGAGAGUCCGAGUCCACUCCCAAGGUCCUCAGUGGUAGCAGAGAGUCCGAGCCCACUCCUAAGGUCCUCAGUGGUAGCAGAGAGUCCGAGCCCACUCCCAAGGUCCUCAGUGGUAGCAGAGAGUCCGAGUCCACUCCCAAGGUCCUCAGCGCGGUGAGCAGAGAGUCCGAGUCCACUCCCAAGGUCCUCAGCGGUAGCAGAGAGUCCGAGUCCACUCCCAAGGUCCUCAGCGGUAGCAGAGAGUCCGAGCCCACUCCCAAGGUCCUCAGUGGUAGCAGAGAGUCCGAGCCCACUCCCAAGGUCCUCAGUGGUAGCAGAGAGUCCGAGCCCACUCCCAAGGUCCUCAGCGCGGUGAGCAGAGAGUCAGAGUCCACUCCCAAGGUCCUCAGUGGUAGCAGAGAGUCCGAGUCCACUCCCAAGGUCCUCAGUGGUAGCAGAGAGUCCGAGCCCACUCCCAAGGUCCUCAGCGGUAGCAGAGAGCCCGAGUCCACUCCCAAGGUCCUCAGUGGUAGCAGAGAGUCCGAGCCCACUCCUAAGGUCCUCAGUGGUAGCAGAGAGUCCGAGCCCACUCCCAAGGUCCUCAGUGGUAGCAGAGAAUCAGAGCCCACUCCUAAGGUUCUCAGCGGUGAGUAG